AUGGCAUCCUGCGAUGCUAGGUAUACGUUCACCUCUGCCAGCAUUGGUAGCUAUGGCGGACAAAGUGACGGAGCGUUUCCAUUGAAGGAAAACUUAAUGCGACCUUACCCCGGUGCACAGCUGCCACGAAACAAAGCAAUUUUCAAUUACCGGUUAUCCCGAGCUCGUAGAGUAAUCGAAAAUAGCUUUGGUAUUUUAACUGCUCGAUGGCGUGUUCUACGAAAGCUAAUAGACUUUAGCCCAAAGAACUGCGAAACAAUUGUGUUAACCUGCUUGGUUCUUCACAAUUUUGUAAUGUUGAAUGACCAUGAUCGUUGGUAUUGUCCAGAUACAUUUGUAGACACAGACACCGCAGACCAUGGAAUAUUGGAGGGAGAAUGGCGUGAAGAUUUAGAGAGUGUUGGAGGUGCAUUACAUUCAAUAUGUACAACUCGACGCAAUGCAUCUAGUUUCGCAUUCCGAGUAAGGGAUUUUUUGGCAGAUUAUUUUAUAAAUCAGGGAGCGGUUUCAUUUCAAGAAGAUCGUAUUUAGUGUAUAGCAAUGUUUGUGUAUUUCAUGCAUUUGAAAUAUGUAUAUACAUAUUUUUAUGUAUAAAAUUGUAAUCUAAGUACCUUUAUACUAUACUUUUUGUUACGUUAAC